GUGAAGGAGGCUCACUUCAAGGCGCACCCCGACUGGAAGUGGUGCAACAAGGACCGCAAGAAGUCGAGCUCCGAGGGGGGGGCGCGGGGGGCCCCCAAAGAGCCCCGCGAACGCAGCGCCUCCGAGAGCGGCCCCGCAGCGCCCCCGACAGGCUCCUCGGACCCCCCCGAGGCCGCGGCGGGGGCGGGGCCGGCGCCGGGUGGGGGAGGGGCGCAGCGGCCUCGCGCCUUCUCGCACAGCGGAGUCCAGGGGCUGGGGGGGGCCGAGCCCCACGGGCGCCCCCUGCGGGAGCUGGGGCAGCUGGUGUCGGGGCCUCCCCCUCCCCCCGCCCCCCGCCCUGCCCCCGCCUCCCUCCCGCCGCCCCCUCCCCCCUCGUCGCGCCCCCCCCCCCGCCCCCCCCGCGCCGCCAGCGAGGAGAUGACGAGCGACGAGGAGCGAAUGGUGAUCUGCGAGGAGGAGGGCGACGAUGACGUCAUCGCGGAUGAUGGGUUCCCCCCCCCCCCCCACCGACAUCGAUCUCAAGUGCAAGGAGCGCGUCAGCGACAGCGACAGCGACUCCUCGGGGGAUGAGGGCAAGGUGGGAGCUGUGGGGCGGGGAGGUGUGGGGCAGGGAGUUAUG